AGGAACGCCCUUUUCUUAUGGUGGUGCAGCCUUAUCGUCACUCGUCGGGCCUUGUUACCGCAAAGACAACAUUCCUAGCCCCAUCAUUUGAGGCGGAGCGAGCCCGACUGCUAAAUAUGCCGUUUCUCGAGCCGAUCGACAUCAUUCCUUGGGAGGAACACUGGAACCCAUACGAUACCUUGAAGGAUUCUGUCAUCUUCUCGGCACAUGAUCGAGCACCGCGACUCAUGGUGGACGAGGAAAUGAGGGACUUUAUCCAACGGGGUCUCGGUCACUCAGGGUUCGAAAUCGUCGGGCUGAUGGGAGAAGUGGAGCGCGUCCGGCAGAUCAAAUCCGACACUGAGGUGGGGAUUCUCCGCGCCGUGAAUACCGGGACCGUGGAAGCCGUACGGCAGAUGCGCAAAUGCCUCUACCCCGGUCUAACCGAGAGUGAGAUCGCAAGGACCCUGGACAAUACCCUUCGCUCGGCUGGGUUGGAGCCAUUCUUUGAUAUUGUCUUGUUUGACGAGAAUGCCGCCAACCCACAUGGAGGCACCAACGGUUCGAAGGUGCUUGAGCCGGAAACUUUUGUUUUGAUUGAUGUAGGCGCCCAUCUCCUUGGGUACUCAUCGGAUAUCUGUCGAACCUUUUUCCCGCCGUUCCUUGAGCCACCGACACCGGAUAUGCCCGCCCCGACGCGUUUGAGAGACAAGCUGGAGGUGUGGGACAUUGUCUUUGAAGCUCAAACGCAAUCCAUCAGGCAGUUCCGGGUCGACGCCAGUGCUGCCAGCGUCGAUAUUGCUGCCCGGGAGGUGAUCACGGACGCCGGGUACGGGGAGGCCUUCACCCAUCGUGUUGGACACGGAAUUGGAAUCAAAGCCCACGAAAGCCCCUAUCUGAACAAGGGCAACCAUGCGACCCUCCUUCAAGCCGGCAUGACGUUCACCUCGGAACCUGGGGUGUAUCUGGUGGAUCGAUUCGGGGUACGGCACGAAGACAUCUUUCUGGUGCGGGAGGGUGGGGAGGCAGAGCUGUUGACCGGUCGUCGAGCAUCUGGGCCUUGGAACCCAUAGGCAUUCAGUGUAUGUUGGUACAUGCAAUAUAUGAACUCGCGGGUGAAUUUUGAUAUAGUAGAUAGUAGGAAAAAGUUGUUGCCAUUGGAGGAGAGGUGGUGGUGGUGCUGAUAUUGUUGUGUUGGGGGUGGUUGUGCUUCUCCAAAAUUGGAGGAGGCGGAGACCAUUUGAUAGAAGCCUCAGGCACCAGAGCACGGGACCCACGGCUUUCCCGGUCGGCAUCUUCCCGUUCCCUCAUCUACUACUGCUUUGCUUUCCUUUGCUCUGCAGCACUUGAAAG